UUUGGAGCGAUGUUGUCGACACUGGUGAGGCUAUCGCUUGUUUUGAGCGCCUUUGCGUCUGUUUUAUCGGAAGCUGAGGUGUUUCACUUCGCUUCUUAUUAUGGGGAUCACAUGGUUCUGCAGAAAGCCCCAGCCAAAGCAGUCGUGUGGGGAUAUGGGAAGACAGGAGCCAAGGUUGUGGUGUCGUUGUCUGGACCAUUGAAGAUCUCAGCGAAUUAUGUUCCUGUUAUCAAUGGUAUUUGGCGUACAACUCUCAGCCCUGUGGGGGCUGGUGGUCCCUACAACCUGACUGCAUCUCAGAGCACAAAUGAUAGCUCCAUAUCACUCAUAGAUGUCCUCUUUGGAGACAUCUGGUUAUGUGGUGGACAGAGUAACAUGGCAUUCACUGUUGGUCAAGUAUAUAAUGCAAAAGAGGAGCUGGCCAUGGCUUCUAAGUUCCCUUCUGUGAGGAUCUUCCAGGCUGCCUUGGAACAGAGCAGUGUGGAGCUAAAUGAUCUUGAAGGAGUGGAAGUUCCUUGGUCUCUACCAACAGCGGAAUUGCUUGGUGGAAAGGAUUUCAGCCAUUUCUCUGCAGUAUGCUGGCUCUUUGGUCGAUACCUCUAUGAGACACUGCAGUAUCCAAUAGGGUUGGUAGAAUCGUGUUGGGGAGGCACACCUGUGGAAGCAUGGUCAUCUCAAAGGGCUCUUCACAAGUGUGGAUUGAAGAGCUCAGUUAGCAGGCACUCGAGUGUUCUUUAUAAUCAGCUGCUUGUGCAAAGCAACUUUUGGGAGGACAUCUCUGCAGAAUGGGACAGUUCAGUGCUGUGGAAUUCUAUGAUUCAUCCUUUACGCAACAUGACCAUAACAGGGGCCAUAUGGUACCAAGGUGAGGCAAAUGCUGCCCACAAUAGGGAUAAAUAUAACUGCUCUUUCCCUGCUAUGAUUGAUGACUGGAGGAUCGCUUUUCAUGAAGGCUCAGAUGGCCAAACGGCCCUAGACUUCCCAUUUGGAUUUGUACAGCUAAGUACAUGGCACAACAAUUCGCAAGAUGGAUUUAGAGAAAUACGCUGGCAUCAGACAGCAGACUAUGGCUUUGCCCCUAAUGAACGCAUGAAGAACACAUUUAUGGCUGUUGCUAUUGACUUGCCUGAUGAAAAAUCCCCCUGGGGCAGUAUCCACCCACGUUAUAAACAGGAUGUGGCAUACAGACUUGUGCUAGGAGCAAGAGCUGUUGCCUAUGGGGAGAAGAAUGUGUCCUUUCAAGGACCUUUCCCAACCCAGGGCCUGCUCAACCAGUCUUUCAUUAGCAUCGUGUUUAAUCAGGACAUAUCUGCCAGCCUCGAUGAUGAUUUUUUUGAGGUCUGCUGCUCUGCAAAUAAGAUGUGUGGAACAGACCAGUCAUGGUUGCCUGUUCCCAUUAUAAAACAGGGCUCUGAUUAUAUCAUUUUAAGUAUAACUCCAUGUCCCACUGAACAUAUUGCUGCUGUGCGCUAUCUCUGGAAAGACUGGCCCUGUAAAUUUAAAGCCUGUCCCAUUUACAGUUCUGAUAAAGUCUUACCUGCACCACCCUUCAUCCUAUACCGGUCAUCAAACUAGUGACCAACACCACUGAACUCCUGAAGGUUCAGAACAUGUCCAAUCAGUGAGAUUUUCUGUUUUAUCAUAUAGGUUGUAAAACAAUCAUAUAAUGUCUAAACUAUAUCAAGGGUGAGAGAUAACAAUAAUUCUUUGUAGGUUUUGAUGUGAUAGAUUAAAAAACAAAAAUUGGUUACAUAAGCUGAAUAUCUACAUCAUAAUGUACAGUAUUGCUUCCUUUAUUUGCCAUCAGAGAAAAAAGUAUCUUAUAUGCAAAUUCAUUUAAAAACUACAAGCAUGUGGGGGAAUUGCAAUAAUGAAUACAACAUGUAUAUCAAAUCCAUCCUGACAUUGUUCAUAUUCUAAUAUUUUCUAUGGUAUUGUCUUCUUUAAGAUUAAUAACUUUAUUUACACAGUGACUAUAGAAAAAUGGGAUCUUGAACUUGACUAACAAACCCUCUGCUAAUGGCAGAUAUGUGGGUCCGCAGAGAUGAGCAAAAGAGGAUAUUACAUAAGGCAAAGGAAGGCUAAAAAUGUAAUUUGUAUAUUAAAUUGAUUACAUUUUGGUGCUAAUUACUGAAGAACUUUUAAAUGUAUAUAAUGUUAUGAUACGUUUGUAACAUUCUAAAACCAUUUAAUAUUAAUACUGAUCUUAACGUGGUUUUAAAAGGUGAUGCAACCAGUUGGGGGCUCGAGAGGUACAGUAAACUUGGCAAUAGACACAGAAUAACAGCAAAAGCUCAUAGAAAUCAAUGCAGAAUGGCAAUUAUUAGGAUUCAAAUCAGUGAGGUUUAGCGACCCAGGCAUUGUCUCUUAUUGGCAAGGUACACUGCUCUAAAUUGUAACCAUUUACAGUGAAUUUUUAAAUUGUGAUUGACAUUCAAUUAUCUUCCAGACCACUGCUUGCAUAGUAGAUCUUGCAGGUUGCUAUUUAACAACAAUAAAACAGAACUGAACCACAGCACAGAAUACAUUUUGUAAACGGAUAAUGAUUUAUCUUAAAACAAAGGCAAAUAAAUAUUACAUAAAAUAUUGCAAAAGAUUUAUCCAGCAAAACGUGUCUUGGAAAGAUAUAAACUAAACAUUUCAUAUACCUGUGAAUUAUGUUAUCUGGUUUAUAUUAUAAAACUAGAUUUGUUUUAUCGUUGUAUUUAUUCAAGAUUGUUUUGGACGUUUAAUUGGGAAAAUACACUAGAAAAACCUAAGAAAGGCUCAGAUCUGUAAAAAAAAUGUUUUCCAAUAUAGAAAAGAUUAUGAUAUGCUGUGGAAAGAUGGUCUUUUAAUAAAAAUGAAAACUUUGGUAUCAUG